UCGAUCGCCGUCCGGUAUGAGCAAUAGCAACAAACAAAAGUUGGGUUUUGUAAAGUGAAAGCUCGUGUGUGUGUGAUAUUUCUCUGAGCCUCUUCUUCUCCCUCUCCUUCCCUCCCAACCCAACCCUUAUCAAUUAAUAAACAAUAGAAAACGACAACACUUGAUUGAGUAUUGAAUUCUGCAUCAGUUAUCCAUGGCAGCCACCCUUUACCAUUUCCCAACCUUUAACUCUCUUCACCCGUAUAAACUCUUCUUCUUGAACCCAAGUAAACGGCAAGAACUCAAGCUAGCCCGGUACACCCAGCAAAACCCACCUCACAAACGCUGCAGAUUUCGAGUAUCUUCUGUUAAGAAAUCCAGAAAAAUGAAAGACAAUGUGGAGCUCUGCAAAGAAAUACGAGAGUUUAUGGCUGUGGUUGGACUACCGGAGAGUCAUGUACCCACCAUGAAAGAUUUUUCCCAGCGUGGAAGGAGUGAUCUUGCAUACAUUGUUAGGCGAAGAGGGUAUAAACUGAUUGGAGAGCUUCUUGCAAGUUCAAAUAAAACAGAUUCUGAAGGGUUUAUUUUGGAGAAAAGGGGAAAUGAAAAUAAAGAUGCAGAUGUAGUAGAUGGUGAUGGUGAAGUUAAGGAUGAGGAGGACAGCGUUGUGGUUGGAGAUUUUCCAUCAUCAAUUGAAGCUUCUGUGGAGGGAAACUGUUCUAGCAAUUUGGUUAUGGAUAUAAAUGCCAAUUCAGAUGACUAUUAUCAUGUGCCUGUAGAAGGCAUCAAUUUAUGA